AUGCGCCCGCGAUCCCCGAGGAAGGGCAGGGCCCUGCAGGGCGGGGACUGUGUUGCCUUGCCAGCCGCCAGGUGGCGCGCUGAAUUCGCGCCUCAGCCCCGCCCACGCGCGACGCCUCCCUUUGUGGCGGCUGGGCGCGCUCUUGUGCCACAGUCUUGUGGAGGGCUGGUGUUCUGGGAGGUGAUCAGUGAUGAACAUGGCAUCGACCCCACCGGCACCUACCACGGCGACAGCGACCUGCAGCUGGAUCGCAUCUCCGUGUAUUACAAUGAAGCCACAGGUGGAAAGUAUGUUCCUCGAGCGAUCUUGGUGGAUCUAGAACCCGGCACCAUGGACUCUGUUCGUUCAGGUCCUUUUGGCCAGAUCUUCAGACCAGACAACUUUGUUUUUGGCAAGGCACAGGCUAUUGGCAAGGAGAGAUGA